UGUCAGAACCUGCCGGGCGCUGGCCAUGGAGCGUGUGGUGGCAGCUGGGGCCAUGUUGGUGCCACUGGUGGUGCUGGGAGCCUCCUUGCCUGCGGGCGCGGAGCUCUCGGGGGUGUUCCAGGAGAUGGUUAAGUCCGAGUGUCACUUCAUUAAUGGCACCAGCCGGUUGAGAUUCGUGAAGAGAUUCAUCUACAACCGGGAGCAGUACGUGCACUUCGACAGCGAUGUAGGGCACUUUGUAGGGGACAGCCCAUAUGGAGAGAAGGUUGCCAGGUACUGGAACAGCGACCCGGAAUGGAUGGAGUACAGACGGGAUGCAGUGGACAGGCACUGCCGGCACAACUACGAGUUGUCCAGCCCAUUCCUUGUGGAGCGCAGAGUGCCCCCCAGUGUGUCCAUCUCGCUGGUGGCCUCGAGCUCCCAGUCUGGCCCUGGCCGCCUGCUCUGCUCCGUGAUGGAUUUCUACCCUGCCGAGAUCCAGGUGAGCUGGUUCCAGGGCCAGCAGGAGCUCUCGGAGCACGUGGUGGCCACUGACGUGGUCUCCAACGGGGACUUGACCUACCAGGUGCUGGUGCUGCUGGAAACCCCCCCGCAGCGCAGUGUCAGCUACACCUGCCAGGUGGAGCACGUCAGCCUGGAGCAUCCCCUGAGGCAGGAAUGGGAGAUGCCGCUGAACAUUGCCCACAGCAAGAUGCUGAUGGGGAUUGGGGGCUCCAUGUUUGGCUUCGUCUUCUUCGCUCUGUGCCUUGGCUUCUACCUGCACAAGAAGAGCUCCUGAGCCCGCAGCAGCUGCAGCCCCUCUCCGUGGCCUUGGGCCCGGCCGGGACCCCCCGCUCCGUCCCCGCGCUGAUUCUGGGGGAGUUGUGUGUCCCCCCCAACCCCACUGUCACUCUGCCCCUGCCCGGCUGCUCCCAGUGUUCCCAGUAAAGCUUCCCAGUUCUCCCCAGUCCCAUUUACUGGGGGGCAGUGGGGAGAGAUUUGGAGGGGCCCCACGGGGAUACUGUGAUGGGAGCCGACCCUGGGAUGGAUCGGAAAUGGGGACCCGCAUGGUGUCCCCCCGUGUCACCCCGCUCUGGGUGCUGGGAGCCCCCCCGGCUGUGGGCGAGGAGCUUUUGGGUGAGAGAGGGAGCAGCGCAGGGAAGAUGAGAAAGGUGUUUGAGAGGUGGGUAAGGGGAGGGGGGACAGAGGCAAAGGGGCUCCUCUGGGAGUCCCUUUGUGUCCCCAUCGUUCGAUCUCUUGAUCUGUUCCCUGGGGCUCUUGGGAAGGGGGGUUAGGCAGAACCUUGCUGGGAGGUUCCCAACCACGCCGUCCCUCUUUGGGGAGCUCACAGUGGGGGUGCCCCACCUAGCAGCCACUGCUGUGGUGGCCAUGGGGCAGAGGGGGAUGGGAAUGGGGGAUCUGGAGUGGUCCCUUGAGCCCCCAACCUUCUGGGGUGAUGGGGGCUCUUUGGGGGCGAGUGGGGGCACUCCCUCACCUGUCUCCUUUACCACACAGAUAUGUCCCAUUUUUGGGGGAAAGCCCACUGUCACUUCCUAGAUAGCAACAACUGGGUGAAGUUCAUGGACAGGUGUUGGAGUCAGUGAGUUAGGGGUCUCUCUGAAUUCUUCAGAGAGAAAUCAGAGUGAAGGGAUUGAAUAAAUCUUAAAGUGAGUUAUGAUGUUUUUAGUAAGUAAAAGGCGUCAGAUACCACAGUAGUAGAGUGUGUUCGACUGAAGGUUGCAAAAAUACUGAUAUCUUCAGUAGAGGCUCCAAGCCCACAGUUGUAGACAGGACUUAGACAUAAUAGAGUUAUAGUAAGAAUAUUGCUUACAUUUCUUCGAUAGAACAUGAUAGAUUCUAUGCAUAGUGUUAUACAUAACUUGUUGAGCUAAGAAACUAGAAUUCUAAUAGGUUAAAGAGUAGUGGCCUGAGUUUGCAUCUUAGCUUGUUGGAGAAAUCCUAUAUAACAGUAUGCAUUCAGAGAGUUGUUGUUUUAGCCAUUCGGCUUUUAGCCACUUGCUUUUAGCCAUUCUGGCUUCUAGCCAUUCGCUCAUUGCUACUGCUUUUGCCAUUGCUUGCCAUUGCUUUUGCUAUUGCCUUUUGAAACUGAUGUGCUUUGUAAUAAGAUGUGCUUGUUAUAAAUAACCUUUUUAACUAUUAGCUGCAUUGCUUAUUUAAUAUUACCCGAUGAGCAGGAGCCAAUAGAGCUUUGGAGUUAGUGCCUAAGAGCAUCUAAAGUUCAGAAAAAACCCCAUCACCAGUUUCCACAGAUAGGAACAUCCACAACUGGAAGCAAUUUAGCCACAGGGGAUACCCCAAAAUUUUGAAAGGGGAUUGAGAUGUUUUGAGGUCAAAUUGAGCCAUUUUCAGUGGGAUGGAGUAGUUUUCAGGUACCAUCGAUCCCUCUCAGCUUUUGGGGAGCAGAGCUGUGAGGGACUGAAAUGGCUCAAACCAUUGGCCAUUGGCAAAAGCAGUGGGGGGGGGCCUUUGCUGGCCAUGGGCACAGGAAGCACCGGGACAGAGGGGGUGAACACCCAGCCCCAGAGUGGGGAGCCCAGCUGGGAGCCAGGGAAGGGAAGAGGUCGAUCAGAAGCAGAUGCUGCCAGGUGGGACAGGGCUUUGGACCAGGGCAAUGCCUUCCCUUACACAACUGACUCAGCUCUGGAAACUCCCCUGGGGAAGGCGGGACACCCGCACAGAAGGCUGGAGGUUUUCAUCCCUUCGCAUGGGCUGUACCUGGCUCAACUGCACUGCUGGGAGAGGCAGGGCCACGUCUUAGAAGGGGCCAUAAACCAUCAGAGCCCCCCAGAGUGCCCCGGGACCCACAGUGUGACAUCAGACAGUGUAAAACUUCUAACAGGGGAGGUACCUGGACAUUCACCCAGACCUGAACCUGUAUUGACCCUCAGAACUUGGUGUUUCCGGUGCUUCCCCAGCCCUCAAGGGAUCCAGCCUGGGACCACCACUUAGACUAAGGACAGGGACAUUGUAACAAUCAAAACCAAAACUUUUGUUGCUGGAUCCAGGGCUGGCGACUGUGCAUCUUUCUAUUCUCAUACUUUCUUUCUUUUCCCUGACACAAUUUCUCUAGUGUUACUUUAAUGCUUUUAAUAUUACUGGAGAUGGUAACCAAAAAGGGCUCCAAAUCCCCUUUACACAGCAACCAAAUUAUUCUAAAAUAAACCCAACAGAGAUAUACUUAUAAACACAGAUCAAACACUGCCGUUUUACUCUAAACUCCCCUGUCCCAGGGGAUCCAUGAACCAGAACCUGGCUUACACUCACCUUCAGGGACAGGGUGGAACAGAAGCUGGACAUGGGAGAAGCUUCUGGAAGAUGCUGACAGAAGACACCCCUGGAGUCCCCCACUUCCAAAACCUGAUCACACAAACCCAAUACACUGUCCAACAUGGAUCAUCAGGAACAUGGGUCACCAGCUCUCCGCCCUACGGGGUUUACUGGGGAUCAUCUAACACUCAUCCUUCAAUGGAGUAGGAGCAGCAGAUGAAGCUCUUCCCACACUCGGGGCACUCACAGGGGUUCCCUUCCCAGUGAAUCCAUUUGUGUCAGGUCAAGGCAGAGCUCUGGGUGAAGCUUUUCCCACAGUCAGGACACUCUUAGGGCCGUCGCCCAGCAUGGAUAUUCUGGUGGCGAAUCAGGUGGGAGUUCUGGCUGAAGUUCUUCCCGCACUCCCCACGCUGGCGGGGCCAUUUCCUGGAGUGCAGGUGCUGGUGGCUGACGAGGUUAGACUGUCACUGAAGCUCUUCACACAUUCCCUACACCUGUAGGGCCAUUCUCCUGUGUGGAUUAUCUGAUGGUGGAUCAGACAGGAGCUCUGGCAGAAGCUCUUCCCACAUUCCAAGUACUUCUGGGGCUGUUCCUCCAUGUGGAUCUUCUAGUGCUAGAUCAGGUAGCAGCCACAUCUGGAGCUCACAUUCUGAACACCUGUAGCACAUCUUCCCAAUGUGAAACCACUCAAGGACCACCAGGUGAGAGCUCUGAAUGAAGCUUUGGGGAGCUGCAUUUGGAGCCUUCCCUUGUGGGAUAUCUCUGGGGCUUUUCCUCCACACUGGAUUCCUGUGCUGUGGAAUCAACUGUUUCACAAGGCUCUGAUGCAGUGAUUUGUCCUCCCUAGUCUCUGUCAGUGGAGAGGAAGAGGAAGAGGAAGAGGAAGAGGAAGAGGAAGAGGAAGAGGAAGAGGAAGAGGAAGAGGAAGGAGGAUGGGAUGGAAUUUGCCUCUGUGCCAGAGGGAAGGGGAAGGAUAUCCCCCCAGUCUAUCCCUGGCAGGACAUACUGCUGGGAUAGAGGUAGGAAGGAGGGAGGGUUGGAGGAAGGUGGUUUUAAGGGCCUAAUUUAUUUAUUAUCCUACUCUGAUUUUGUUAGUUCAUUUCAUAUCUCAAAACUGAGCCUGUUUUAA